AACCACCCCCAGAAAGUUGCUGGCGUCACGAAAAGCGAUGCAUGGAGCAAUCUUCGAUGGCGGCCGAGGCGAUGUAGCGUCGCUUGGGGGCGGCGAACUUUCCUCGGAAUGGAGUCGAGCGCUCCAUUUCGCUCGAAGACCAAGCUCCUCGUCGCUUUCCUGGGCAUGGCCAGCGUCGCAUUCCUGCUCUACCAAGACUACUGCCAGCUCCCAUUCACCACCCCGGGGACCGCUACGCUUCGCCGCAGCCACCGACCCCCCGCCCCCGACUUCAACAUCACCGCCAACGCCGCAGCAGCGACAACCACGCAGGUCAGAAGCAUCGACAGUUUUCGGCUGAACACAACGACGCGACGGGACCACGCGCACGAAGCGUCGAGCGAGCGCCGAGAAGUCGUCGACGUCAUGCUCGUGUUCACGCGGGCCCGGGAAUUUCGGAACCUGCGCGAAAAGUUUUCCAUUUGCUUGACCUCGAUGUUUCGGCGCAGUAGUGCACCCUUGCACCUGCAUAUCGUCACGGACGCCCCGAGUCAAGAAGUCGCCAAGCAAGUGCUCGUGGACGCUUCGGUGGGGUGUGCGGUGAGCAUCACGGUGGAAUUCUUUGACGUGAACGACGUCUUGGAACCCUUCCGGGAUCUGGUCAGCUACAUGCACCUCCACUUCAGCCCCAAGUCGGGCUUCUACAGCAACGCCCUCUUCUUCCUCUCGCUGGGACUGCACCGUGUCCUGUCCCUCCGCCGCCUCAUCCUCCUCGACAUCGACCUCCGGCUCGAGUCGGACGUGUGGCUCCUCCAUCGCCACUUCGCCCUCUUCCCCGAAACUGCCCUCGUGGGCAUGGCGCACGAGCAGCAGCCCACGUACCUCCACCUCUUCCACGAGCACCGCAAGAGGCACCCAGAAACCCGGUGCAGCCUGCCUCUGCCACAGGGCAACCCGGGCUUCAAUAGUGGUGUGCUGUUGCUGGACCUGCACCGCAUGGCCUUGUCCUCUGCGUUCAGGAACCUGUCAAGUCGCGAGGGCGUCGAGUACCUCACAUCCAAGUACAGAUUUCAAGGACAUCUGGGGGAUCAGGACUUCUACACGGUGCUCUCGUGCGAGCGGCCCGAGCUUGUGUAUGCACUGCCGUGCACGUGGAACCGGCAGCUCUGCCAGUGGUGGAAAGAGCACGGUUAUGCGCACGUGUUCGACGACUACCACCGGUGCGAGGGCAGGGUAGACAUCUACCACGGUAACUGCAACACGUCGAUGCCCACUGCCGCGUCCGGCAGCUGACAAGGGAACAGCCCUCUCCUCGCGGCUGCUUGCGGGUAAACGACGGACAUUCUUGUUAUUGUUUGUUUUUUUCAAAGUAUGUUUUAUAGAGCCUUGCCUGGUUUGCUUGGUUUUAUGUUUUCGUGGUGUGCGCUAUGAUCUCUUUGACGUUUGCCCAGUUUGAAAAAUUGGAAGGUUUUGCGUGUUUUCAGUCCCUAUUUAAACCCUUCAGCUGUUGUGUUGUUUCACUGUGGGGUGCUUGUGGCGCUUGUCGCAAACCUUGUUUCUGAAGUGUUACCCCUUUUGCUUGCCUCCCAAGGCGGUGGGAUCCGCUGACUAGCGGUUUAUUUUACGGUGCAUUUUAUUUUGAAACAUCGCCGGCUGCUGCUUUUGUCCGGUUUUUUAGGUGAAAAUGAUAGUCUGAAUGCGAACUGGUGGGCCUGCCUUAUGGAGCAGGAAGUGCCACAAAUCCUCUUUUUUAUUCGCACCUAUCCUAGCAAUUAUGCGUUUAGUGUCAAUGCUGCCAUUUCGUCCAGCAGGUUCUGUCAGUUCUUCUCCAGUUUUUUCACCUGCCAAGUGCUCCUUCACAACAAUUCACAACCUCGGAGCUGCCAUUGACUUUUGAACCCUUUCAUACCUCUGAAUCGUAAUGGCAUGGAAAACUCUGAAACACAACCGAUUGUGCAAGAGAAGUCACAAUUUGGAGUUCUUUACAUGCCAAACCAGCACAGGGCAUCUGGCACAUCCCAGCAGAUGACUGAGGAUUAAUUUCGAUCACCUGAGGAUCUUUUGAUGUGUAACUGAAAGCUCGGUAACAUGGCGCCUUUUCCACAAUAUGCCUCUCAGAUUGCGGGCACCUUGGCCGGGAUUCGAACCCGCCACCCAAGGAUCCACAGUUCAGCGCUUUGCCUCCGAAGCACUGAGGUGGCUGCUGGAAAAGUGGUUGGGUAGACGAUGCAAGACAAAGUUUACUACAAGUAGAGUAAGCUCUAUUGUUUUUUUUUGCCACUCGUGGCAGUGUAUACCACACACACAAUUUCUGUCAACAGUUCGUUCCUGCAUUUACUUUUCUUUUUCAUUUGUUUGUGCAUUUGAAUUUUAAGCUUUGCAUUUUCAGGCAAAUGUGUUUUAAUUUCAUCUGCAGCCGAUGCAUUGCACUCCUCAUGUCGGGCCCAUAGUGGCACUAUCUGACCUGUUUUGGGGAUUUUGGUUUGGUUUAUAUGUCCGCAAAUCGCACAUAUGCAGUUACAUUUACCGAAAUUUACAUUUACAUUUAUCAAAAUCGCCUCAAACAGCAGACGUCUCUGCAACAGUUCUUAUUCUUCCUUCAAUGCUCAUCAGGCACCAAGCAAAAUCUAAAAAUUAGUAAUGUAAUUUUUAUUGUGAGGACUUGCACCAUUUUGAAACCGUAUUGUUAAUUUAUUUUUUUUUUAUUUAUUUACAUUUUAUGCAGGCAUUGCUUGUGCUGAUGCUGCUCGAUGCUCUUGUUCGAGAACUUUGAAGUAAUGUCUCUUGAGAAGAAAGAAAUUGUUUUCUUUCAUCUUCUGUGACCUCCAUUAUCCCGCUUGCGAGCUAAGCCUUAACUGUAUUGGAUCUCGUUAUGCAACAGACCUGCUUUUUGAAGGUGAAUCUGCUGCAAAUGCUGUGCUUUUCUUUUACAAGAGCAAAGUCACAACUCUUGGAAAGUACAUCACCUUGCUUCCAAUAGGCAUUUUCCAAAUUACCCAAGCACAAAGGAGAAUUCUGGGGACGUUGAUAUAUGUGCUGCACGGACUCGCAUUUAUUAGUAUAAAAGAUUCAAAGUAAAUCACCAAAAUGAGGCAUUGAUGAAUGCACAUACAAAUUUCAAUUCGUUUUAAGUCUGCUUUAGAACAGUUAGUACUGCAGAUGCCAGCAUGUGCAACACACAUAACUACACUUUUAGCAUGUUUCUUGGUGCUUUGAUAUCCAUAAUGGUAUGGUAUCUGUCACAAUACCUAUGUCAGUGCAGUGGAUGAGGUGUGUUUCUAUAUCUUUUUGUAUAACCGCUUUCAAGACUGGGAGUUAUUCUUAUGCUUAAUUGUUGCAUGUUUUAUUUCUGACUAAAUCAAAAAGAUGUUGAAUACUUCAGGUUUUUCUUCUUUUUUUUUAUUAUGCACAUCUCUACAAUUUUUAGCAAUCAUAAUGGCAUUUUCUCUUUAGUUUACUUGUAUUUCAUGACACAUAAGAUUAUGCAGCUGAAAGUUUAUUAAGUUUAUAUUUUAAGACACUACCUGGCACCUCCUAAUUGGUUACAUGUCAACAUAUAUCAGUCCUCUUGAAACAACCACUGCAGCUUAGCAUUGCUUUUGGCAUUGGCACUUCCCACAGAAAGAAUAAAACACUGAAAUGGAUGAAAGACAUACACUAGCAGUUCUUUCAAAAGAAAGAACUGUGACUGUCUGUCCAUCCAUCCAUUUCAGUGUUUUAUUUUUUCUAUAUGAACUAUAUUUUAUCCAAAGAGCUCUGCUAUGUGUGGCAUUGGCAGUUUUCAUGAUGAAUGCCAUUAAAUGGUAAGCACCUAAAUGGUGUGCAUGUGUAGAAAGCAAACCCUGCCUGCCAUAGGAAUUGGUUUUUCUGCCAUUUUGUUAAUAUUGUUUUUUGUUGGUUUCUAUUUCUGUUACUUCAUGGCAGAUGCAAUGUCGUCAAUAGCUUGCAAUCCGUGUUUCAUUGUUUUAAUUUAUAUUCGUUUUUGUUUUCUUUGCACUCAAUUAUUCUGGUGUUUUCUGCUAAAAGCACCUCUACCAUAUUUUUCUGUGUAAAUAGUGUUUUAGGGAUUAUGCAACACCACGAAAGAGAUCUUGCACUACACAGAAUCACGUCAGUCAAAAUUUUGAUAUUUUAGCGUAAUAGUAACCUUCAAGGGAACUAUCUCAUAUUACAUGGUCUCAUAGGCAGUUGCAGAGGCAUCUGCCAAAAUCCUUCACACUAGUACUAGUUAUAAGUGUUCAUGUCUACUUAUUUUCUUGGAAAUCUCAACCCAAUAACUUUGCUAAAAUAUUAGUUAAUUCUACAAAUCGAAGCCAAGAGAUAAAGUUGGACAUGCAUUCCAUGUUUUCAACAAAGCACACUAAAACCAAGACUUUUUGGGGACCUUUAAGUACAAAGGCCACACUAUAGUGAGCUGCUGCAAGCACUUUGCAUUUGUGUGUGCAACAUGUGCAUAUGUGAUGCUGUCCCAGUGUACCAUAUCUGUACAAAGCAGUUUUUCUUUUUUUUUUUUUUUCACAUUGCAACCAACAUUUUUUCACUUGCUGCCAUGUCACAACCUUUAUGUGUUGUGAACCUGAAGUGUAUAUGUGCUGUGCCAAUUGCAUUUAUGAUGUACUACCAAUGUUUCUUUUGAUGCUAUUCAGAAUUUGCUGAACAGGUUUUUUGAUAGAAAGCAACAUCUUCAUUUGAGGCUACUCCAUAAGAGGUACUGGAUGGUCCCCAGCAGAGAUAUUUUUAGUUUACAAGUUCCUCCACUUUUAUUGUCCUAAUAGGUUCUUAAACGUCAAUGCAGAGUUUAUAGCAUAGUGUAUAUUUUUUUAAUGUGCUUGUGUUCCUACUUUGAAAAACUUCUUCUGAGAAUCUGCAACAACAAUGCAUAGAGCUGCUUCAGAGAACACUUCACUCCCUUCCACGUAUUGCACGCAUGAUAGCAUAAGUUUUUGGCCAAACUAUUCUGGGUUGCCUGAUGCCUCAAUCAAUAAUCCGGUUAUCAGCUUACAGACAAAACCAUCCAGUUGAGACUAGUCAAACCCGUAUAUACGACCGAUAACAUCCAUGUGUCAAACAUCUGUUGCCCAAAUUUUGAAACCUCAGUAAUUUUACGUCAGAGUUGAGGCCAGAUAUUGAAUCCUUGAAGAGGCUGAAGAAAUGCAGCAAACGACUUAGCACAGCACGCCAGCGAGAAGCUUUGGUGUUCGUGCGUGCGAUAUGUGAAACAGAGUACAGGUGCUUAUUUGCGCUGUGAAAUCCGGACCUUAGCAUCACUGCUCACUGUGGUAGUAGCACUAUGCUUAUUUGAUUGCAGGAUCAUAGGUAAUAUAUGUGCAGGUCUAUAUAGUGUAUAUAUAGUUGUACGACGUUUUAUAUGUUUUGUACAUUUGUAUGAGCCAACAGCCUUUACUGUGCCAUUUAUAAAGCAGAUUCUUUAAACGAGAGUAUUUUGUAGAAAAGAGAUGUACAGGCGCUAUUUUAUAAUCAUUCUGACUUUUCUUAAAAUAAAAUAUUUCUGCCUUUA